CGAAACUUUAGGCACACAGCGAAUUAGCGAAUUCCGGCAGUGAUUACUGUCUUAAUUACUUUUGGGACCGAUCAGUAGACCUACUGAGCAUUGUAGUUGCAUCGCGUACCAACUAUAUAUGUGCCGACUCUUGCAUAUUAACGAGGACGAAGCAGCUCACCAUUCUGCCUUCGGUUUUAUUAGUUACUCAGUUAGGCAGGGUAACAACAAUCCAACUACGAAAUCUUUCUAUUAUAGUUACUCUUGCUUGUGGUCGCAGUUUCCUCGAAUCGAUCUCCUUAGCCAUGGCGGAGAUGGUCGGUUCUGCGGCUGCGGAGGAGAUACUGAAGCAGGUCUUUUCUGGUCUGAUUGGCAAGCAGCAGCACCAAGAGGGAAGAGAUGAGCAGGAGCAUCACAUGGAGAGGCUGGAGAUGGCGCAGCUCAAGCUGGAGACCGCGAUCGAGACAUCUUGCAGAUGGCAGAUCAAGGACGCGUCGCUGCUACGCUGGCGCAAGAAGCUCAAGCGCGCAGCUCGGGAGUGCGACGACACGCUGCGCGGCUUCAGGCAGCGUGCCGCCGAAGACGAAGCCAGAGAGCAAGAGGCGAGGGGCUCCUCCUUCCCCAGGCGCUGGGCUCAUGCCACCAAGUCACUCGUCACGGCUUUCUUCAGCCGUGACAGCAGCUCCUCGGCUGUUCGAAGGUUCGAGAGGCUCGCCGACGGCGCCGGCGAGUUCCUGAGGUUCGCGGAGCUCGGCGGCACGCCGCGCCGGUACAUGUUCGCCGACCCGCUCAUCGGGCACCUCCUCGCCGGCCAGGAGCUCCGGUACAGACUCGUACGGAGAGGCCAGUACCAUCUGUUCUGCGUGCGCCCGGUUCGCCUGGGGGAGGACCGUGGGAUGGAGGCCAAGCUCCUCUUCUUGUACGAGGACGACGAGGCGCCGGAGAAGAACCUGUGCCUGGGCUCCAUACUGCGGCUCUCCGAGAGCACGGACAUAGUUGGCACCAUCGUCAAGUUCCUGGACCUGCUGGUGGUGGCUCCUCAUUUCAAGCCCGCAGCUGAGUCUGUCAGCAAGGAGCUCGCCAAGCUGCCGACGCAGGACUUCUGGUGGGUACCGUAUGUUGACUCCAGCCACUCCAGCCACAAGAAGCACUGGAACAGCAUCCACAGCAGCAUGACCCAGUGGUUUCGCCCAAACCCACUGUGCUGCAAGCUGCAGCAUGAGCUGAAGCUGAGGCCCUCCUCCAGCAGCAGCAGUAUGCAACUGUCAGAUGUGGCUGAUCUAGAACCAGUCAUCGAAGUGGCCCUGCAGCGCCUCAUCCCACUGUCCGAGUACAACGAGGACAGGAGCAAAGCUGCCGAAGGCGAGACCAGUUGCCUCAAGAACGUGCCGCAUCUGAAGAUCGAGCUCCUCCUCGCCCCCCAUGGCUCCUCCGAAGGUCUGCUCCCCUCCGCGGAGAGCUCGGCGACCGAGGUGAUCGACGGCGCGGAGCAGGGUGGUGCGCACACCAACAUCGGCCUCGAGCAGCUGGACGAGUUCAUGCUGCCCAAGGCGAUCGACUGCCUCCGCAGGAAGGCCGAGGCGACGGCGUACCAGGUGUCCUGGAAGUCCAGGCACGGCGUGGCGUUCCUUCUGGUCGAGAAGACAGGCCUGACGAAGAUGCCGCCGAGACACAUCACAGGGGUCCGGGACAGGAGGCUCAUGAUCCAGCGACGCCGUGACCCCAAGCUAAAGAAAUGGGUGCAGCUUGUCAAAGACUUCCUGAAACUGUGGGUUGCGCAUGCUCCUCGGAAGCUUCAGAGCUCGAUCGUGGAAUGGAUUCAGGAGGUGGAUGAAAGGCAGCUAGCAUGCCAGGCGAACUAGUCCAUGAUAUAUACACUCUGUUGUGUUGGCAACCAGCAACAGUACUUUUCUCUUACACCAAAUCAGCAUCAGCCAUUAGCUACCAGCCACCUAGCAGUACUUUUCUCUCACAGCAAAUCAGCACCAGUCACCACCAGUCAUAGCUAGUCGAAUAUAAUGAUAAUUGAUAAUAAUGUACUUGUACUAAAUUAAGUCUCUGAUACAUGUGUAUUUAUAUCAUGGUCCGGUACAAUGAUAUCACCAUAUACUAUA